AUGGCUACUGUUCUCCCGAAGUUUUCUGAUUUGUAUAGUUUGAAAGAAGAAGUAGGGCGUGGGGCAUUCUCAAUUGUUCGAAAAUGCAUUCAGCUCUCAACAGGUUUAGAAUUUGCCGCUAAGAUCAUAAAUACAAAACGUCUGUCAACCAGAGACAUGCAGAAGUUGGAACGCGAGGCCAGAAUAUGCAGGCUCCUGAAGCACCCUAACAUAGUUCGCCUAUACGAUGACAUUCAGGACGAAGGGUUUCACUACCUCGUAUUUGAUUUGGUAACUGGUGGUGAACUCUUCGAGGACAUUGUUGCUCGAGAAUUCUACAGUGAAGCGGAUGCUAGUAACUGUAUGCAGCAAAUUAUUGAAAGUGUGAAUUAUUGUCAUCAGAAUAAUAUUGUACAUCGAGAUUUAAAGCCAGAAAAUUUGUUGCUUGCUAGUAAAUCCAAGGGGGCUGCAGUGAAACUAGCGGAUUUCGGUCUGGCGAUAGAAGUUCAGGGUGAUCAACCAGCUUGGUUUGGCUUCUGA